AUGGACCUCCCACGGGAAGGCUUCCGUGCCCUCGAGAAGGCAUUCGAACGGUAUGCAUCCCUCUCCAUGUCUACUGCAAUGCACAGCGACAGCAUCGGAGCAGAUCGAAUGGCUCCGCGAGAAGCUGGCCAAUGUUUCAGCGAGCUCCUUCGCAGCAUGCUAAUGCGCGCACAGGCAAUCAUACCACAUCGAUCCUGCGAAACAGUUCAAACGAAAGUCAGCUUAUGCGCAUUCCGUCCCGACUACCUACGCCGACAUCCCAGACUCCGAAGAGGAGCUUGUGUCUCCUCUUUCCAACGACCACGACGAGCCUUCCAAUGUCACGAUUACACCCCCUCCACGCCCCUCCGAGUUCAGCAGACACACUUUUGGCCUUCCUCCCACGCCGCCGACGAUGACGAACAGCGAUGGGUCGGAAGCGAAGCCCCACAGGGCGCUGAGCCCUGCCCCUCUGUUCGCAGAUCGCGUCAGGAACGCUCUGGAGACGCAGAAGUCAGGUCACAGCACUCCGGCCAUGGGCAAUCAGAGUCCUCCCACGCCAGAUACAUCACCUCCGGGCACGAGCGAGAACUUGCUCGCGCCACGCCCUCUGUUGAGCCAUUGUCCAAGCUCGCAUGCCGAUUCUUUCAAGACUGCUCACGAGGGCCUAAGUAAUCCCACCAGUGAAGCCGACGUACCGGCGGAAGAUGAGCCCAGCGAGCGGGAGCGAACCUGGCUGGAAAACACAAGACCCCUCCGCUGGGCUGGCUUUGGGCUGGACAACGACGAGCGGAAGGCUGAAAACACGGACGAUUCAGAAAGAGGCGAAGUGAGAGUUAAGCACUAUCAGAUGGAAUCGGACAGCGACAUGGAGCGGCCGGUGAGCCAUCGAUCCAAUGGCAAUACUGCAGAGGAGGCAUCGCCAUCAGCUCCGACAGCGCGGCGAGUGCUCGACCACCGUGCAGCGUAUCAGCGGCUCAGGAAGCCAAUCCAGCCUGGAGAUGACCUUAAGCGACCGAAUGAGUCGCUGCUUUAUGGUUCAUCGAGCGUGCCGUGGAGAGGUCAGAAAGCUGCGGAAGCGAAAAAGGCCACGCCAAGGCGAGAAAUGGAUACGCAGUUCUUGGGGAAUGCAAAAUUGGUCCGUCCACAGACCCCGGAAUCGCCUAUGGAUAACCCAUCGCAAAAGGGCACGCAAGACUCCACGCCACGCCAGACGAGAGUCCUGAGUGAGGCUGAAACGCCGCCUACGAGAUUGCGCGAGUUCACUCCGUCCGCCGUACCUCCGGGAUCCCCAUCGCCUCCGAAUACCGCGCAAAAAGCAUCGCUGGAGGAGAACAACAAGGUUUAUCAGAUGAUUCAGGAGGAGAAUGCGAAGCGGCACAGUGCGAUCAGCGACGGCAGCGUUCAAGCCAAAGUGGUUGCCGUUCCGCAGCACAAGCGGAAAUUGAGGCACAUGUCGAAGCGAGCGUCCUUGCGAGGCGACGUCAGCCUGGCGAGCAACGAGAAGCGCAGCAGUACGGACAGUGGCCACAAGUUGCGACACAAGCGAACUAUACGAUCAACGAGUCCCGAGCCGGUCUUCCCAAAGACGCCGGAGCGUUCUGAGCCUUGCAAGUUUUCGGCUCGCAUCUCGAAAUUCAACCCAGGAGAGAAUGGCUACGAUUACUGGUCAGCUGUCCCAGACGCGAGACACACACAGCGCAAGGGCGUCGAAGCGAAUACCUCCAGUUCUCUUCAGCCCUCCCCAGAGCUUGAUCUGAAGCCGCGCAGACUGCGACGAUCAGUGCGAGAGCUUGACUUGGACAGAGUCGCUUCUCUCUCAAAGACGGCGGAUCAGGCUCGGCCCUGGAGCAUGGACGGCUCCUUGCUGCAGCAGUCCGUAGGAUCGCCCAGGCUGCGAAGGACUUCUGCGGAUCGGCGACUGGACAAGAAUCUGGAGGUGAGACGGACUAGUCUUGGCCACGAGCUGCGUUUUGGGCCCGGAGGCGUCGACGACAAUCCGCACGAGCCAGUAGAAACCCAUGCGCACGAGGAACAGGAGGCAGCAGACGAGCAGGCGGUGCCGGGAGCUGAAGCGUCUGUGGCCAACGAGCAGACUUCGCUGAGAGAAAGCCGCACUUCGUCUGUCAAGAUGGGAGCAUCGCCACGCAAGACCUUGGAUCCGCGCUCUCUUCGCUCCGUCGGGACACCCUUGUCCAUGAGCCAGUUCUCCGAUCGAACCGAAGCCGAGCUCUGUGAGGCAAGAGGAGUCCAACUCUUUCCCCACAACAACGACAGCCUCCUUCUGAUCCAGCAAGCGUCCAGAGCUAUCGGCUACCCUGACGCGGCAGCCCCGAUCCAAGAGGACGAGGACUUCAACUCGACCGCCCAUCCACUUGCGCAACAAGAGACGUUGAGGAUAUCUGUAGAAGAGCCGACCGACAUGACGCAGGAGAUGGGGCCCGCGUACACCGUGGACAGUCCUCUCACGAACCCGCGUGCAGCGCCAGAACCGCCGACCAUCACGUUCAUCCCUCCUACGCCCAACGAGGAGCUAGAGCGUCCGCUCGGUGGACUUGGUGGCGCGGAGGAAAAUCCGAGGUAAGAAAAGAACGUAGGUUCUAGUAUACCUCCGUCAUACUGACCAUCCUGUGUAGAAAACAUAUGCAGCGCCGCCCCAGUCUCACCCAGCGAGUCAGACGUUAUAGCGAAAGCCUGAUCCACCCUCUUCCGUUCGGCCGCACAGGCAGCGUCCGAAAGCAGGCACCAAAACGGGUCACCACAAUGCCUGAGCAGCGUCCGACGCACCUGUCCUCUUUCUGGCAGCCGCGCGAUUUCUGGGACGACUUGGACAGCGACGAAGAAGACGAAUUCGAUGAUGAUGACCAUUACGUACGUCUACCACCUGGCGGCGAUACCUCGAGCAUCGAUCACAAGAGGCGCAAAUCCCUCUUUCCGCGGAACAUGAGCGUUCGCAUGCCUGGGUUUCGCGGCAACGGAGGCUUCCUCGUUGGCAAUUCGCUGGGGAUCAACCGCCAUGGCACGAAUAACAGGCGGCACUAUGUGGAGCGACAAGUGAGCCACGAGACGCUGCGGCGCUUGCAGGCGAAGCAGAAGAGGAGGAUGACCUUUACGCUGCCCUUCUCCGGCGGCGCGCGGUUCGAGUACGUUGGGCUAGACGGGCUGCGGGAUCUGAUGGAGAAGCGCGAGCAGCGUGCGCUGGAGAAGCGAAGGGAGAAGUUGCGAGGGCAGAUUGGAACGAGGGUGUUCCACGAUGACAGGAGUGGAGUUGCUUGA